ACCCGCAAUGCUUUGAUUUGAUUCGUCUGUCUCAGUCUGUUUAUGAAUGAACAAACAUGGUGGUCUAGUUUAUAAUCAAAUUUGCAAAAAUAUUAUUAGAUUUUCCUUUGAAGGUUUAUUUGUGAUCGAUAGUAAUUAUGCCACUAGCAAACUCCUCAGAUCCAUGGCGAAUGCAGAAUGUUGGAGACAACAGGGGUAUAUCACAGACAGCCAACAGUCUUCCAAUGGUGGUGGAGAACUCGGCAGAGUCGCGUCAGGCGUCCACAGCAGAGAGCUUGGAUUCGGCCGCCGAGAUCAGCUGUGAGAGGGAGGUUGAACUCCAGGAUGUCGUCAAAGAAGGCCACGAGAAAGCAGACCCGUCUCAAUUUGAAUUGCUCAAAGUUCUCGGAGAAGGUUCCUUUGGAAAAGUUUUCCUAGUCCGGAAAGUAACCGGUGCUGAUGCAGGCACACUCUAUGCAAUGAAGGUACUUAAAAAAGCUACCCUAAAAGUGAGAGAUAGAGAACGUACAAAAAUGGAGAGAAAUAUAUUAGUAGACAUGGGUCAUCCAUUUAUUGUAAAAUUACACUAUGCAUUUCAAACUGCUGGAAAACUUUAUUUAAUAUUAGAUUUUUUACGUGGCGGUGACUUGUUUUCAAGACUUAGUAAAGAGGUAAUGUUCACAGAGGAGGAUGUUAAAUUUUAUUUAGCGGAGUUAGCUUUAGCGUUAGAACAUGUGCACAAAUUGGGCAUUAUAUACAGGGAUCUUAAGCCAGAGAAUAUUUUGUUAGAUGCCGACGGUCACAUUGCACUUACUGACUUUGGCUUAUCUAAACUUCCACCAAGUAGUGAUAAAGCUUAUAGCUUCUGUGGUACAGUUGAGUACAUGGCACCAGAAGUUGUCAAUAGAAGAGGUCAUACAUUUGCUGCGGAUUGGUGGUCUUUUGGAGUACUUAUGUUUGAAAUGUUAACUGGAAAUUUACCAUUCCACGGUUCUACGAGGCACGAAACAAUGACGCAAAUAUUAAAAGCGAAGCUUGGCAUGCCAUCCAACUUGAGUGAGGAAGCACAAUCUUUGCUCCGAGCGUUGUUUAAACGGACACCACAAAAUAGGCUGGGAGCGGGCCCAAAUGGUAUAGAGGAUGUGAAGAACCAUGAGUUCUUUGCAAGUAUAGACUGGGAUGCUCUGUUGAAGAAAGAGGUAAUCCCUCCCUUCAGACCGGCCGUGUCGCGAGCCGACGACGCCUUUUACUUUGAUUCGGAGUUUACUUGUCGCACGCCGAGGGAUUCCCCUGGGGUGCCUGCCUCCGCCAACGCUCACGAACUUUUCAGAGGUUUCAGCUUCGUAGCGCCGUGCCUACUCGACGAUGACAAUAAUAAAACCGUUACAAAUACAACGCAGAACAAUGUCGUGCAAAACAAUAAGACUUCCACUGAGGAGUUUUUGGCGGGCUUCGUUAAUAGGAAUAAUUUCUUUGAUGAAUACCGGUUAAUGGGUGAACUAGGUACUGGGUCGUUUUCAGUAGUCCGCCUUUGUGAACACAAGGCGUCAAGAGUGCAAUAUGCUGUUAAAAUUAUGGACAAGAUGCAGUACGACCCGCGCGAAGAAAUCGAAAUUUUAUUAAGAUACAGUCAACACCCGCACAUCAUAACCCUCCGUGGCGUCUACGAAGAAGGCGCCCGAAUUCUCGCCGUCACCGAACUAUGCCGGGGCGGAGAAUUGCUCGAGCACAUCACACAGCGGCGCUACCUGCCCGAGCACGAGUGCGCGCCCAUCCUGCGCAACGUGCUGCACGCGGUGCACUACCUGCACAGGCACACCGUGGUGCACAGAGAUAUAAAACCAUCAAACAUACUAUUCGCGACGGCUGAAAAAAGGCCCGAGGACAUCCGCCUGGUUGAUUUUGGACUAGCGAAGCAGUUGCGUGCAGAGAACGGGUUGCUCAUGACUCCCUGUUAUACGGCCAAUUUCGUUGCCCCAGAGGUCUUAAAACGAGCUGGUUACGAUGCUGCCUGCGAUAUCUGGAGUUUAGGUGUGUUGGCAUACAUCAUGUUAUCUGGCCGAACACCGUUUGCUUCGACCGGGGACGAUAGCCCUGAAGCUAUUCUGACAAGAAUUGAAUCUGGAAAGGUUGAGCUGUCAUCCGGCGUUUGGCGCUCCGUGUCGAGCGAAGCGAAGGCGUGCGUGCGCCGCAUGCUCCAGCUGGAGCCGGCGCACCGGCCGCGCGCACACGAGCUCCUGCGGGAGUCUUGGCUCAGCAGCUCCCGAGCGCCCCCCGAGGCGCCGCCACAGCCGGACCUAGACGAUCCGGUGCCUCCUGAAGACCUGCGCCGUGCUGUAGACCUCACCUUCCAGGCGAUGACGUCGUCGCCGAUGACGCCGCAGGUGCUGGGCCCGGUGUCGCAGUCCACGCUCGCGCAGCGCCGCAGCAAGCCGCAGAGACGCUUCCCGCCUACUCAGCUUUAAAUACGGUAUACGAACUCAUUUUAACCAAGUCUUUACCACAAAAAGAUCUCGUGGCGUUCCCUGAACUGCAUAACACACCGAAAUACGUAUUAGAUCUAUUUUCGUCCCUGUCAGCGAUGGGUCAAGAGAGAACAAGCGUCCUACGUGCGAUUGUUUCCCCGUUAGUUUCGAAUGUUAUAUGUUGUCUUAUCGAUGUUUCUGGAUAUGAGUCAUGUGAAUGUGAAGAUAUGAAAUUAGCUUUAUUUAAACGGGAAGAAAUAAUCGUAAUAUGAAGUUUAAUGUAAAAAUUAAUCGCCUGAAGAUUCUAGCAUAAUAUGAGUCGUAAUAUUUAUUUGGUAAAAUAAAAUUUGUGAUUUAAUUAUUAGUGAAUUGAAAGGUAGAUUGCAUUUUCUUGUAAGACACAUUGCAGCAUUCCAUUCGUUUCCGUUUUAGUCCUUAGCAGUUUUAUUAGUAAAUGUGAAAGUAGUCUUCCUGCAAAACAUUUGGAAUUAGUAUGUUGCUAUUUUAACUUUGUUUUUAGUCAUUUUACUUGCCCACCCAACGACAUAACUUGUCCCUUUGUGCCAUUAUAUCUAUAUACUACGAUCGAUUGAUAAAUUAAAUACAAAUUUAGUAUAGACCUAUCCUCAUAUAUUUUUAUGUUCUAUUUAUGUCACAAACAAAGUACCUAAAUUUAGUACAACGUUUAUAACUGGAAUAGCUUUAUUUUUGUAAAGUAUUACUCUUGAUGCAUUCGCGGUACUUCGUCCCUUUCUUUUAUUUUACCUUUACUCUUAAUGAAAUGUUGUUUAUAUUUUUGUAAGAUUUUGAGUAUUCAUUAGCUUUAAGAUAUUUAGAUAAUUAGGAUUAAGUAUAUCGAAAUACUUAAAAAGGGCUUUUAUUAACAUAGUUUAACUAUAGUAUAGGGUUCGUGUUUACAACACAUCACAUACGUCAAUCUAAUUCAUCUCAUCAUAUCUUCUCGUUGUAAUCAUCAAUCCACUCAUAUCAAGGCCUAACUUGCUCACAAAUGCAUAACUAAUGCAAAAAUCUUCCAAAUUGUUUAAAUCUUAAAUAUUUAUUUUAUGUUAUAUAUUUUGAGUAUCAUUUAGAUUAGAUUAGAUCAUAAGACAACCGUAAAUAUUUUUGUAUUAAGAGGUAGACAUGCGAAUCGGAUCCAGUGUGCUUAGCGCCAUGUUUUUCUUGUAACCAAUUCCAUUUAUCGGUGUAGGUAUACAUUGGCGAUUCGGAAUAAAGACAUAAUACGAGCCCAAAUGCAAAAGAGUUCGUCUAGUCACUUGCAAAGCGACGACUUUUUUAGGGUUCCGUAGCCAAAUGGAAAAAAACGGAACCCUUAUAGAUUCGUCAUAU